UAUGUAUGGGAACAAGUGGAUGAAAUCCUAAAUCUUGCCUCUUAGAAACUGAUUAAUGGCAAAGAUGAAUGUUUGUGUUAGGAUGAUGAUCAUCAUACUAGUUUUGAUGAUGAUUGCUAGCAAUGUGAGCAGUGAUUUUGCAGAGGACAAGAAAGAAUGCCAAAACCAACUACUAAGUAUAUCUCCAUGUUUACCGUUUUUAAGCGAGCAAAGUAAGUUUCCAACUCCAAUUUGUUGCAUUAAUCUUGGAGAUAAGUAUGAUCAAAAGAGGAGGUGUUUGUGUAUGGCUGUGAAGGACAGAAAUGAACCCGGCUUCGGGAUUAAGGUGAAUGCUACACUUGCGCUAGGUCUUCCUUCCAUCUGUCGCAUUCCAAAUAAUGUCACACAAUGCAUUGAUUUUCUGAAUAUGGAUCCUCAAUCACCAGAAGCACAGAUUUUCAAGCAAUCCUAUGACAAUGUGCUUGGAAAUUCCAGCAGUAUUACUACAAGUGGCAGCUCUUCAUAUUCAAGUUCCACUCCAAGUUCAAGUUCCAAAAACCAUGUAAAGAGAUGGCUCAACUCAGUCACUGUUGCAGGGAUCUCAGUUUGGCUUCUUAUAUCAAGUCUUGUCUGCGUUAUCUAGGAUUUCUUGCUCUGUAAUGUGGUCUUUUACUCUUUUUACUAGAAGUUAAAAUUUUGCUUUGAAAAUUCAGUCUUCGCCUACGGA